AUGGACGCUCACACCUGGUUCCAGAUCUUCGUCUGCUACUUCAUCUGGCGCUACGCUCGACUGGUCGUCAACCUGUGGUCUUUCUGGACCUUCAAGCCAAUCCCCAUCCCAGAAAACCCCACUCUGAGCACCAAGGAUGUCACAGUCAUCUUGCCCACCCUGGAUGGUGAGGGAGAAGAACUCGAACGCACCAUCGCCUCAAUUCUCGAGAACGAGCCCAAAGAGAUCAUUCUGGUCACCAUCGACGAGAACUUGCACAAAGCAGAGAGAACCAUGUCCAAGAUGCCAGCCGCACAAUACCAUCGUAUUCGCUGUAUGUCGGUCAAGCAGGCAAACAAGCGUCGCCAAAUGGCCCGAGCUAUCCCCGAGGUCACCACUGAGAUCAUCGUCUUUGCUGACGAUGAUGUGACCUGGCCAAUUCAAACCUUGGAAUGGAUGCUGGCACCAUUCGAGGACAAGAAAUAUGGAGGUGUCGUGACUUGCCAAAGACUGAGAAGAGCCGAGAAUCCCACUUUCUCCCAGCGAAUCUAUGGUUUUUUGGGUGCCUUGUACUUGGAACGCCGAAAUUUCGACUGUGCAGCCACCACCCAUAUGGAUGGUGGCAUGCCUUGCCUCUCAGGACGCACUUGUGCAUACCGCACCAGCAUCCUCCAGGACAUCAAUUUCACCAAUGGCUUCACCAACGAGAAGUGGUGGUUUGGACAGUAUCAGUUGAACGCGGAUGAUGACAAUUUCUUGACCCGAUGGAUGGUGAAUCACGGUCACGAGACUUACAUGCAAUACCACCCCGACUGCGAGGUUCAGACAACUCUGGAAAACAAUCCAAAGUUCCUCAAGCAAUGUUUGCGAUGGGCACGGAGCAACUGGCGAAGUAACAUGACGAGCUUGUUCGCUGAGCGAAACAUCUGGAUUCAACAACCUUGGAGCACUUACGCUGUCCACCUUACAACCCUUGCACCACCCGCACUCCUUGGAGAUGCUCUGUUGUGGUUCUUCUUGUAUCAUGGUGUCUCCGAUUGGCCUGCUGAACAAGCCAAAACGGCUUUCUACUCCUUUGGCGCGUGGAUGAUUUUCUCUAAGUUCAUCAAGCUCGUGACUCACUUCGUUCGGUAUCCUGUCGAUAUCCUUCUAUGGCCUAUUUCCAUCCUCUUUGGUUGGUUCCAUGGCGGUAUCAAACUGUAUGCUGGCAUCAGCCUUAGCGAGACAACCUGGGGAAGUCGUGCCAACGCCGAUGCCAGUGACUCCGGAAGAAUGAUCAAGCAAAAGAAGCCCCAAGACUACUUUGACACUGUUGAGGAGAAGAUGCAUGAAAAACUUCUCACUGAUGACGACAAACGAUUUUACGCCGGCUACGAAGUCAGACGUUCUCAAGCCCUCCCUGCAUAG